AUGGAAAUCGCCUUUGGUGUCCUCCCCCUUACCGUCUUAGUACUCCAAGGCUACCGUCAAGUCAACACCGUCGUCACAAAUUACAAAUGCUACGAUGACGAUGUGAAGCAGAUCCUUCGUACGGUGGAGGUCCAGGAAUAUACACUCAAGCAGAAUCUUGACAUGUUUCUCCGGGAUAUCAUCCAGGAGGAUAUGCGCCGCGCCAUGCUUGCCGACCUCAGCAGCCCCCACUGGCACGAGGAUGAACUCAACACCCGCUUGAACAGUAUGUUGGGGAGUGAUAUCAACGCGGUGAAGAGCGCUAUCUUGAGCUGCUCGCAUACGCUCAAGAAGAUCCAGAAGUCGCAGGUUCUUUCAUUUCAGAGGCUAGCGAAGGAGGGGGAUCCCGGUCAAGUCGCGCUAGCCAUCUCGAUCCACCUAUGUCUCGACGGGCAGGCUGUGAGGACAACGGUGGUGAACGGGUGGAAUGGGGGAGAUUCAAGAGACUUGCAGACACCUACAGAUCUGCAGCCACGGUUCUCAUUCCUCUUCACGCAUGGGAACGGCCCUACGACGCAAGCGGGAUCGAUGCUGGUGUGUUUCCAGCCUGACACCAGCGGUGCCGUGAUGGCCGUCUCACAGACUCCCACCCGAAGAGGACACGGGAAUAUCUGUGCGGAGGUGGCGAGCCAGCGCGAGGAUUAUGAGCGGUACAUGCAGGAACCCAGUCAGGUCAGCGGGGGCUUCCAGCUUCGGCUAGUGCCAUCACUACCGCACAUACUCGGCGCCAGCGGUUGUGGCGGCUAUGUCUCACUUCAACAGCUGAUCAUCACGCGCUUUCGUGAGUUGACUGGGCACGAUCGCUUCCUAAUCGCGAUAACCUUGGCCCAGUCACUCCUGCACCUGUAUUGCUCGCCAUGGGUGCGAGACUGGGGUAUCGGCACUAUCUACUAUUUCACAGCGCAGGCGAGCAAAGAGGCGGCAAUCGGGCGGUGGACACCACACCUAGUACUGCGUCCCGGGGGAAGUGACGUCAGCGAUCGGAACCGGGAUGUGUACAGGCUAGGGCAUCUCCUUCUUCAGCUCGGAGACCUCUGUGGAGGCGACUCUGAGGAGGCGGUACAUCGGUCGCAGGAAGCGAUAGAGAAAGUCAUAGAUAGAGUUUAUCGGUCAAUGGGUAGUAGAUAUGUGAGAUUUGUCAGAAGCUGCCUAGGGGUUCGGGGUCAGGAAAGGGACUUUGACCUGAUGCAGGAGCAAAAUCUGGUUAGUUUCUUGACACAGAUGGGCGAUUUGAGGACAGGGGCGAUGUACUCCUGUACUACAUUCAAAAUAUAUAUCUCCACACUCCCGGUCGCGGCGCCGCUGGCGGGGAGGGAGUGGGUCAGUGGGCAGGCGUACUAUGUGCGGAAUAUAAGGCAGCCGGAGGUGUACUGGUAUCUUCCGGGGGCGGGGCGGGAGGUUGUGGCGUCGCGGAGGCGGAAGACGAGGUUUUGGGUGAGGACUGAGGAGGCGGCGGGGCAGGGGCCGCUGUAUAUCUGUGGGGUGGCGGGGGCGGGGGCGGGGGGAGCGGGGAUGGAGUUUACGUUUGGGGAUUUGCUGGGAGGGUUUGGGACGGGGUGGGCGGAUGAGAAGUCGGAUGUGGAGGUUGUGACGUGGGUGCAGAGGGGGGCGCUGGGGGGUGAUGAUUGGGAGCUUUGUUAG